AAAAACUUUGGAAGUGGAAGAAGAGGUCAAAUUUGACAUAACCAUUUUGAACCGCUUUACAAGUUUUUUAAAGUUAAAAACCAUGGCACCGUACAAAAUUGUGAUGGUUCGUCAUGGCGAAUCAGAAUGGAACGAAAAAAAUCUGUUUUGUGGGUGGUAUGAUGCAAAUCUGAGCGAAAAAGGCAAACAAGAAGCUGUCAGCGCCGGAAAAGCCCUAAAAGACGCCGGUUAUAAAUUCGACAUUGCCUACACAUCAGUAUUGACAAGAGCCCAAAAUACUCUUCAAGCAAUUUUGAAGGAAAUAGGGCAAACGGACCUCCCGGUGGUGAAGACCUGGCGGCUCAAUGAACGCCAUUAUGGGGGUCUCACUGGGUUAAAUAAGGCUGAAACGGCUGCCAAGUAUGGUGAUGAACAGGUCGCUAUUUGGCGGCGCAGCUUCGAUGUUCCGCCCCCACCCAUGGAACCCGACCACCCUUAUUAUGAAAACAUCGUCAAAGACCCACGCUACAAAGACGGACCAUCCCCUGACCAAUUCCCUAAAUACGAGUCCCUCAAGUUGACAAUUGAGCGCACUCUCCCCUUCUGGAAUGACACAAUCGUUCCUGAAAUUAAAUCCGGCAAACAGAUCCUCAUUGCAGCUCAUGGGAACAGUCUGCGUGGUAUUGUCAAACAUCUUGAUCAAAUGAGUGAUGAGCAAAUCAUGAAACUGAAUCUUCCAACUGGUAUACCAUUUGUGUACAUCUUGGAUGAGAAUCUUAAACCAACAGCAAAUGGCAGUCUGCAGUUUUUGGGAGACCCAGAAACUGUUAAAAAGGCCAUGGAAGCUGUGGCCAACCAAGGCAAAGCCAAAUAAAUGUCGAUUUAUUGUUAUAUUAAUUUAUUCCUAAGCGUCAAUGUGUAAUAUGUGCGAAAAAAUGGAUAAUAAAUAUCGUUUAUGAA